GCCGACGAGCUGUUUUCUCCCUCUUACCCCAGAGGAAAUCGCCUUUUUUGCACUGUCAACUCUCUAAUUACCAGAUGGGACGACCGAGAUUUUGAAGACAAUUAGGGGGAGGUCUGUCUUUUCCCAAACGCCCCGGUGUCCCCUCCACCCCAGGCCCGCCUCUGUCUGGAGCCUUCCUCUAAUUUGGAGCCACUUAGAGAAGACAAGGAAACCUUUAAAGCUAAGAAGAAUGUCUCCCGGAAUGCCUCCUGCCUGUUUUAUAGCUGUGGUGGAGCGGCCGGCAGACGCACUCACUCUGCAGAAGCACGAACGAUGCAUCCUGUUCAAGGGGCCUGUGGCUACGGCCUCCUGCUACUGUUGUCCGGAUCUGGAGCACUAUUUAAAGAGCCUUCCCUGAGAACCCCCAGUGCUGCUGCGUCGAGAGGGAGCACUCCAGACCAUGGCACCGAGAAGGGCCCGCAAGAGAGCGGAGGGCGGAGCCAGCUCCAAUGUCUUCUCCAUGUUUGAUCAGUCCCAGAUCCAGGAGUUUAAAGAGGCCUUCACCAUCAUGGACCAGAACCGGGAUGGCUUCAUCGACAAGGAGGACCUGAGAGACACCUUUGCUGCCUUGGGCCGCAUCAACGUGAAGAACGAGGAGCUGGAGGCCAUGGUGAAGGAGGCCCCCGGGCCCAUCAACUUCACCGUCUUCCUGACCAUGUUCGGGGAGAAGCUGAAGGGUACGGACCCAGAGGAGACCAUUCUCCACGCCUUCAAGGUGUUUGACACCGAAGGGAAAGGUUUCGUCAAGGCUGAUUUCAUCAAAGAGAAACUCAUGACCCAGGCGGACCGGUUCAGUGAGGAGGAGGUCAAGCAGAUGUUCGCGGCUUUCCCUCCAGACGUGUGUGGCAACCUGGACUACAGGAGCCUAUGCUACAUCAUCACCCACGGCGAAGAGAAGGACUAGGGGUCCGAGGGCCCCCCCCACCUUCGGAGGCGGCAAACACCGGCGGUGUUUCGGGGGCGGCCACUGGGGAGGCCCCGCAGCCAAUGUGUGUAAAGAAAAGGCUCCCCUCGCCCCGUGGGCUGGGGGCAAAGCAAGAAUAAAUCGUGCAAGCAAG